AUGAACGAUUUGGUGCUUUGUCUGGGUGUUGGGUUUACAGAUAAUAAAGUUAGUUAUGCUCACCUAAUACGUUUGGAUGAUCCUAUGUGUGUUUUGACUAGACGGUGUAAAUCUGAGGAUGAAUUUAUAAUUGGAAAGUGGUAUAAGGAGGAAAAUGGGCAAACAAGAUCCUAUAAGAAUGUUGCCAAUUUUGUGCCCACUAAUUUGAUUCGUCAAAUUGAAAAAAAUGGUUCUGGAAAGACAACAAUAGAGUUAGUUUUGCCAGUAUUUUUCGUUCCAGACUUGUCAGGAAUGGAUGUGUUUGGGCAUACACCUUCAUUGAAGAACCCAAAUUCUCUUGGUAUUCCAAUUUGCCCAUUUUUUGGAACGGAUUUCAUUUCGCCUGUUAAAUGGUCGUAUGGUUUUUGUUCUUAUUCGGAUCAACUAUAUUCUCUUAAGAUUAAUUUAUCUUAUGCAGUUGGAGUGCUUCCUGAAUGGACACCUCAAAAUGUUGGGAUAAUUAAACCCUGGAAUUAUGAAGAAUACCCGUUUGUAUCUAUUUUCUGCUCACCUUUGCGUGAUGAGGGAAUUGUGGUAGAACAAGUUGCAUGCCCUUGGGAUGUAAAAAGUUUUUAUUGUUGUAUGUUGCUUAAUAAGAGUGCAGAAAUGGUUGUUUCUAUUGUGCCUGAAAGGCGAAAAGCUUUAUUUGGGGAAUGUAGAGUAUAUUGGAAAUUCUUAAUUGUUAUGAUUGUCCUGUUACUAUUGCUAUUGAUUGCCCACAAAUAG